UCUAAAAAGGGCUAAUGCAAAGUUUCACUCAGUUUUUGUCUAAAAAGUUAAUAAAUUUAUUUAAAUGGCAACAUCAUCAUUGGAUUCUGCAGUUACAAUUUCUGCUUUAACCUCAAAUUACCCUAUUGAUAAAAACUCUGCAAAUGGAGAAUUAUUAUCUCCAUUGGACUUCGACUUUGACAAUUUAACAUCUUUGAAGGAUAUUGAAGAUGCCUAUAACAAGCUCUGCAUUGAAGAGAAACGCAUUGAUGAACGACUGGAUUGGAGUGUGGCUAACAGACAUCAAUUAGAAGCUCGUCUUGCUCAGGUCUCAAAGCUACUGCCAUCUUUGCAAGUAGUUUAUAAUGAUGCUUGCCAGCUUCAGAACACUAUUGCCAGCACUCAGCAACUUGCAACUGCUGUGUCAGCAAGGGUGCGCAAGCUUGACACAGCAAAGCAAAGUGUUGUUGAGGUACAAAGGCGGGUGGCAGAUCUUCUGGACUUGGAAGGAUGUGCUGGAGGUGUGGCUACAGCUCUCGUCUCAGAAGAUUAUGAAACAGCAGCUGCUCACAUACACAGAUUUCUUGCAAUGGAUGAGACUCUUCUACUCCAUUCUGCUGCUGCAAACUCAACAGGAAGUGGCAGCAUCGAGACAUGGUUUGAGAAGCUGCGAGAAGCUGAGACACAGCUCAGUGCCCUCAUCGAACGCCGCUUUGAUGAAGCGGUCACCUCCCAAGACUCCGCCAGUGUUGAUAGAUUUUUCAAGCUCUUCCCCUUGCUUAACCGCAAGCAGCAAGGACUGCUCAAGUUUUCAGCCUUCUUAUGUGAAAAAAUCCAGGAGACGGGAGAAGCGGUGCUGACGCGCUGCCGCUCGUGCAGCAGCAACAACAAGCGGGCACACGUCAUGUGGGCAGACGCAGCCACCGAACUCUUCGAGACGGUCGCGCGCAUCAUCGAAGUGCGCCAGCCUAUCAUCGAGACGUACUACGGGCCCGGGCAGCUGGCGGUGGUGGUGCAGGAGCUGGUGAGGGAGACGGACCGACAAGCUGGUCGCCUCAUCGCUGAGAUGCGAGCGCACCGCCGACUUGAUGCCCUCACAACCGCAGUUUCCGAGUCGCUCAGCAACAACGGCCCCAUGUACAACACCAGCAGCAGUGGCGGGCCUGGAGGUAGUGGUGACUCGUACAGCUCGGCGCCCGCACUGCUAGACCCGCGGUCGCUGGACACGCUGCUGGGAGAACUCACGCUACUCAACGCCCGCGCCGACCUCUUCCUGCGCUUCAUGAAGCGCCGCGUCGCGGCUGACCUAGAGGCUUCAAUUGUUGAUCCUGACGAUCUCAACAGACAACUGACCGACGUUGAGCGUAAGAUGAACAGAUGCCAAGUAGCAUGCGACAUGGCCGCGGUGUUGGGUCAGUAUACAAUACUGGAGCAGUAUUACCUCAACCAGUCAUUUGCUAAAGCGCUCUCUAUGGACACGACCAUCACUGCUUCCUCAGACUCCUCAUCUGUUGGUGACGCUGGAGACCAAAACUGCGCGCCCGUAUCGUCCAUCGUCGAUGACGCUUUCUUCAUCAUCAAAAAGAGCGUCCGUCGCGCGAUCGCGUCGAGCAGCCCCGACGGGGUGUGCGCAGUUCUCAACCACGCCGUGACGCUGCUGGAGACGCAGCUCGCUGCUGGCUUCCAGCACACGCUGCGCCGAGGCUUUCCUGCGCAGGGAUAUUAUGAUAUUGCCCAGGCGUAUUCGGCUAUUCAGAGUUCACUGCAGACCGGCAAACUGCAAGGCAGCAGCGCGGACUCCGAACAACUCCGGCAAACGUUUUUGACGGCGCUGAACAGCGCAGAGACGAGUCAGCGGCAUGUGGGCAGCUUGGAGAGCGCGCUGCAGGAAGCUGUCAGCUCGAACAUGACGUCGCUCAGCUCAAAUAGCACUGAUAAAAUACAGUCUUGCUUUGGAGACCUGCGUAACUGCGGGGUGCGACUGCAGGCGGUGACGGAGUUGGGUCUCAACCAACUGCGCGCCACGGCGGUGAAGCCGCGCGUCAAGUCCUGGAUGGCGGCCUUCACCGGCGCGUCCUAUGACAUCACAGAGGAGGAGUUUUCCGGCUACGAGGCGCACGAUCCGUUCAGCUCGACCUUGAUCAUGAACGUGGACGGGUUGGUACGAAGCUUCCAGCCUCUGCUCACGCCUGCCAACCACGCAGCUCUCACCUCCCUCCUGGUCCAUGAAGUCGCGACACACAUGGAGGCCGCGAUCUCCAAGAUAACGUACAAUAGGCUGGGGGGUCUGCUGGUGGACCGAGAGGUGCGUGCGGUGGUCGGGUAUCUCUCACAGGUGGCUCAGUGGAGCGUCAGGGAACAGCUGGCACGCAUAACUCAGAUGGCCACCCUGCUCAACCUGGACCAUCUGCACGAGGUGGAGGAGUACAGCAGCAGCCACUCCUGGCGCCUCACCCCAGCCGAGAUGAGGAAGACGCUCGCCCUCAGAGCGGACUUCAAGUAUGACGACAUCAAGCGGCUCAAGCUAUGAAGCAAAGACGUACCAAGAUAGUAUUUUAAUUGUUAUCUAUCUAAAAUAUUUAUUUCUGCUUCAGGGUAAGCUAGUGUUUCCCAUGUGUUGAUAUUUUCUAAAAAUGUAUCAUCUGGAGAGGAGGCAUUUGCGUUUCAUUCUAAACGUUUUGAAUGAGCUUCAAGUUAAAUACUAAAUUGUGUGAAUCGUGAUCAACGGCUAAAGUGAACUUAUUGUAUUGAUUGAUUAAAAAGUUUAAUGGAAAGUAUACGGUGUUAUUGACGAAAAUCA